GCGAGGUUGUGCCUUCGUUCGCAAGGUUUGUUUUGGGCCUCGUGGCCAAGCUCGUCGGUUGUGCUGGACACCAUCACUUGCAAUCGCCGAGGUUACUCUAGAUUUUCAUUCCAGAGCUCGGGAGCUGAUUGUGAUUCAGUGCAAUCGAGAUCGAGAGGAAAACGGAAGCAAAUCCAUUUAUCGUGCUUUGUCGUGCUUUGUCGCUAUGACGAAAUCCAACGUGAUGGAGGUGCCGCCCAAAGGGGGUUUCACCUUCGAUUUGUGUCGUCGCAACACUAUGCUGCAGCAACAAGGCGCUAAGCUUCCGAAAUUCCGCAAGACGGGAACUACCAUUGUCGGCCUCAUUUUUAAGGAUGGAGUCAUUUUGGGAGCUGAUACGCGAGCAACAGAGGGAGAAAUUGUUUGUGAUAAAAAUUGUGAGAAGAUCCACUACCUUGCGCCAAAUAUCUCUUGCUGCGGAGCCGGUACAGCGGCCGAUACUGAAAAUGUCACAGAUAUGGUGAGUUCCCAGCUGGUACUGCAUCGAUAUGCCACUGGAAGAGAGUCUCGCGUUGUAACGGCAUUGACAAUGCUUAAAUCUCACCUUUUCCGAUACCAAGGUCAAGUUAGCGCAGCUCUAGUUCUUGGGGGCGUGGAUGUCACUGGACCUCACCUUCAUGCGGUUUAUCCACAUGGAUCAACAGACACCCUUCCAUUUGCCACAAUGGGUUCAGGUUCACUGGCUGCCAUGUCUGUAUUUGAAUCCAGAUACAAGGAAAACUUGACGAAAGAAGAGGGAAUGGAGAUCGUGUCUGCUGCAAUUUGUGCUGGUAUCUUCAACGAUCUUGGAAGUGGUAGUAAUGUGGACCUAUGCAUCAUAACCAAGGAAGGAAAGGAAUAUCUGCGCAAUUACCAGCAGCCUAAUCCUCGCAGCUACUCUCGUUCCAAGGGCUAUGAUUUCAAGAUUGGACAUACUGCUGUUCUAUCGACCAAAAUCACGCAGCUACGACAACACGUACAAGUUCUGGAAGGUGAUGCAAUGGAAGAGGAAUAGUAAAACAGGGGUCACCUUCGUGUCCAGCAUCUCAGGGUUUUCAGGAUUUAUGUAUGGGUUGCAUGUUACAAUCCUUGGACUCUAUUAAUUGUCUUUUACUGUGCUCAUUAUGUAAUGUGUUGAGAAUCUUUUCUGGACGUCCUGUCAACAGGCUAUUGCAACUGUAAGAGUUUGUACAGCCUUUUGACUCGGUGAAGUUUUCGAAUAUUGUAUAUUUCUUCUCAGACUUUUGAACCCCAGUGAUUUGGUUUCUCAUAUGAAAUCAACAUGUUUGCUUACUAUUUCAGUCUAAAUAAGAUUUUUUUCAACA